UAUGCUAACACUGUAUUGCCAUAGCCUUGCUCGUCUUCCAAAUGUGAAAAUAAUAAAAAAAUAAUUAUAAAAAAUAGAAUUGUCAUCUUGAUUUGAAUGUGAAUUUUGUGAUAUUCAUUUGGGUUUCCACCGAAGACAGUGAGAUGAGAGCCGCCAUUAUUGGCUGCCAGUAGGGCUCGAUUUUCGCAGAUCUACUUUCUCCGUUAAGGUUUCUCUAUCUUUCUAUCAAAACAAUUCUAUUCAAUUACUUGUUUUUUUAACCUAACUUUAUUGCUCGCCUAGGGUUAAAGAAAACCUAGGUCUAGGGCUAACAAAGUCGAAUUUCUAGUCAAAUGUUAAGCUUCUUUUGAGAUUGAGACACUUCGAUUCGAGUUAUUUCAAAAUGGGGGAAGUUGUUCCCAUUUACUACGAUAUAAUCGCUUUUAUAUGCACUGCUGGAGCUACUUCUUUGGCUGUUUUCCACAUCUAUAGACACCUUUUGAAUUACACUGAACCUACUUACCAGAGAUACAUCGUCCGCAUCAUUUUUAUGGUCCCUGUCUAUGCAUUGAUGUCUUUCUUGGCUCUUGUUUUACCAGAUAGUGCUAUAUAUUUCAACUCCAUUAGAGAAGUUUAUGAAGCUUGGGUCAUUUAUAAUUUCUUGUCAUUGUGCCUUGCAUGGGUUGGUGGCCCUGGAGCAGUUGUGCUAAGUUUAAGUGGUCGUGUUCUAAAACCAUCAUUUUGUUUGAUGACGUGCUGCUUCCCUCCCAUACCACUAGAUGGGCGUUUUAUAAGGAGGUGUAAGCAAGGCUGUUUACAAUUUGUAAUCCUAAAGCCCAUCCUUGUCACUGUAACUCUCAUCCUUUAUGCUAAAGGGAAAUAUAAAGAUGGAAAUUUUAGUCCGGACCAGUCGUAUCUUUACCUUACCAUCAUUUAUACAAUCUCAUACUCUACGGCUCUUUAUGCUUUGGCAUUGUUUUAUAUGGCGUGCAGAGAUUUGCUACAUCCAUUCAAUCCAGUUCCAAAGUUCAUCAUCAUCAAAUCUGUUGUUUUCCUAACUUAUUGGCAGGGUGUUCUGGUUUUUCUUGCUGCGAAGACUCGAUUAAUAAAGAAUGCAGAUCAAGCUGCUGAUUUUCAAAAUUUUAUAGUAUGUGUUGAGAUGCUUAUUGCUGCUGUUGGUCAUUUUUUUGCAUUCCCAUACAAGGAGUAUGCUGGAGCAAAUAUUGGUUGCUCUCGUGGUUUUACGGGAAGCCUUGCACAUGCUGUGAAGUUGAAUGACUUCUACCAUGACACUGUUCACCAGUUUGCUCCAACUUAUCAUGAUUAUGUACUCUACAACCAUAGUGAGGGUGAUGAGGGAACAAGGAAAUACCGUUCACGCACUUUUGUGCCAACUGGCCCGGAAAUGGAUGCUGUGAGAAGGAAUAAACACAUGUUUGGAACCAAGCUGGAUGACAUUCAGCUAUCAAGUCUUUCAUCUUCUUCUGGAAGCUCUCAGUCUGAUAUAUCGAAGUCAUCUUUGCUUGUAGAUACCUCGAAUUCGUUAUCUGUGCCCUAUGAUAUGUCACUUAUUGAUAUUGACAUUUCCAGUUACCCUGAAAAAGUUCCUGCGGCAAAUGAAACUGGGACUCAAUGACAAGAAUGAAGAUUCCACUGCAUAUGUGUGAGAAGAGUGUCAAUACUAGGAACCAAAAGAGUUGCGUCGGAUAAUAUAUUUGCCUGAAGGAAGCCUUGUUUGUCUAAUUGUGUAUGAAAGUGGUGUUAAAAAAAUGAUAGAGCCCUCAGUUGUCUCUCUCAUGUGCUUUCAAGUAUUGUAAUCACUGGUACAAAACGAAAAAAAAUUGAUUUCUGGGCCGAUUUCUUCACUAUUGUCCAGUGUGUUGCCUUGCCAUUGUAGAUAUGGGCUUCCAUUGUCAUACUUGCUAAAUCAUUACUUUAAUCACCAAAUUCGUUUCUGAAUUGUUUUCGGCCACACAUUUGAAGACCAAUCAUUUUGAAUUUGGACUUUUCUAGUGUUGGUUUGAAAUUUGGAGAUGGCUGUAAUUUUCUUUAUUCUGGAUUUCUUCUUGUCUAUAUGUACUCACUAAAUGCAUAUAGGUUCAUUAGUUUUUUUGUCUUUA